AUGCCGACAGGGCGCGGUAGACCGGGGGGAAUGAGCCCUUCCGGCAGGGGCGCAGCCGCGGGGGGGCGCGGAUUUGCGCGUUCCGCCUCGCAGCCCGUGCGGAAGCUAGACGCAGUCAGACACCCACCGCCGCACACGCCUCCGAACCUUUCCCCACUUUCCGGCGGUUCCUCCGCGCAUGGCGCAGCUGCCCCGCCAGGCCUGCCCCCUGUACGGAGGCCUUCGGAACCAGGGCAAGCGCAAGCGCGCGCCCGUCCGGUGACAGCGGGGAAGGUUCUGCCAGUCCAACCGGGUCCGCCCACGACCUCCGCGGAUUGCUCUGAAGGGGGAAUCGGGGGAGGAAGGGGAGCAAUGGGCGCGCAGGUCAGGAUUAGCGCCGCUGCUGCCGCCGCCGCUGCGGCUGCGGGCGGCGGAAGCAGUGCGACAGCCGCCCUUCCCCCCGGCGGCGGUGGCGGCCUGCGCACUGUGGCGGGGGCGGUGGCGUCGCGGGCCCUGCGGAAGAGCGCGAGUGCCCCGCAGGUGCGGCCGGGGGAGGGCGCGUCGACCGCCAGCGCGCGCGCCGUGGCGGAGAGGGCGGCCUUGCGGCUAAAAGGACGCGGGGCGGAUGCCGGCGCGGGGUAUUCGGGAGGGGGAGUUUCCGGCGCAGGCAGUGGGGGGGUGGAGGCGGCAGGCGCAGCAGGCGCGGGAAUUGGGGGAGGCGGAGCGGACAGGCCGAGAACGCGCGUGGGGCGGUUGCAGUCACACGGAGGGCCGGGGGUGGCGGAGCAGGAGGACAGCCCGCGGCAGUGGGUGGCGCACGCACCGGACGCGCAGGGGACAGGCGCAGGCGCAAGUGGGCUGGGUGCGGGCGGGUUCACAGCGCCGUUGGAUCGACCCUCGACGCCCCCCAGGCGCGACAUGAGCGGCGGCGGCGGCGGCGGUACUGGUGGGGGUGUGGGGGUGGCGGCGGUGGGCGUGGGGGUGGUGGUGGGGCGACCCAGGACGCCCGCGCGCAUGGACUUGCACGAAGCUGAGCGGGUUCGCCUCGCUGCCGCCGCGGGUGGGGAAGGGGAAGGCGGAGCAGCAGUAGGCGGGGCGGUGCAGGCGCCAGUGACUCCGCGCGUGGUGGAGCGCCCCUCCACGCCCCUCGCGGGGCAGCGCCCCGCUUCGCCGCUGCUGCGCGCGGAGGGCGCGCUCGAGCGCCCCAAGACGCCCACGCGGAGGCAGGAGGCGGAAGACGGCGCGCUCCACGGGCGGGGGGCGGCAGCGUGGCCAGAGGGGGCGGCGGAGGGGCAGGGGAGGAGCGGCACUCCGCGGCUGCGCGCGGAAGGGGGCGGGCAGCGCCCUACGACGCCCACCAGGCGGGGGGAAGCGGCAGUGGGGGCGCGCGGGGAGGGGCGGGUGGGGCGCGCGGUGGAGAGGCCAACGACGCCCCUGCACGGGGCGGAAGGGGGGCCGCCCUCGGCCUUCACCACACGCGCAACAGAACGGUUAGAUGUGGAAGCAGAGCGGUUGAACGCGGAAGGAGAGCGGUUGGAUGUAGAGGCAGAGCGGUUGGGGGCAGCAGCACGGGUGGAGGCAGCAGCGCGGCCGCACACAGCAGUGCCGCGGGGGGUGGGCGCAGCAGCACAGGGGCAGGCGGGCAGCCGCGCGGACAGGGCGGACCGGCUGAGCUUCCGCGGGAAGGUGCGACCCAAGUCGUUCGUGGAGCGCAGGGGGAGUGGUGAUGGCGGGGGAGGGGGAGGGGGAGUAGGGGGAGCAGCAGGGGCAGCAGGGGCGUGGGGUGGUGUGGGGGCGGUGCCGCGGCCCACCACGCCUGUGAGGCGAGGCGAUGGGAGCAUGGAGCGAGCAGUGACACCAGGGGGGAGGGUGGGGGAGCGCGGGGGAGGCGGGGGAAUGGGGGGAGGAGGAGGGGCGUUCACUGAUGAGUCGGUAGCGUUUGAACGGCCGUUGACGCCCGUUGGUAGGAUAGCCGGAGUCGAUCCAACGGUCAUCACGGACCGCCCGUCAACGCCGGUCGGCGGCCGCCCGACCACACCGGUCGGUGCCCGCCCCACGACGCCAUCUGGUGGGCGGCCGACGACACCGGGCGGCGGGCGGCUGGAUGCGGCAGUGAACCCGCUGGCGCGGGCCAAUCGGAUGGCGCCGUUUCCCAUGCCUCUGUUCCCGCACUCGGCGUCCGUGGGGUGUGCUGGUGUGGGUGAGUUUGACCGGCUGUGUGUGGACCAUGGGGAGGAGGAAGACGAGGAGGGCGAGGGGGAGGGGGGGGAUGGGGGGUAUGGAGACGGGGGACGGCGUGGGGCGGGCGAUGGGGAGGCGAGGUGGAAGAGUGUGAGUGGGGCUGGUGCGGAGGGGAGUAGUGGGUCGAAAUUCCCUGGUAAUGGCAGGGGCGGGGCGGAAGGGGCGGGGGUGCGUGCAGUGCAGAGCAGCAGCAGCGGCGAGGGGCAGGGGAGAGCGCAGGGCAGAGGGCGGGGCGGAGGGCAUGGGAGAAGUGGAAGCAUGGGACGGGCACUGGGGGAGCAGCAACAGGGGAAUAGAGGGGAGGGGAGAGGAGGGGCAGGGAGGCAGGCUGUUGCGAAGUCCCCUUCUGGGGAGGCUGCUUGGGCGGCAGGACGUGCUGACUCAGCACCUGCGGAUGCUGACGUGUUCAGGGCGUUUAUCCUGGGCCGGCCGUAUGCUGACGUGGAGGAGCGGUUUGAGAUGGGAGGGGAGGUGCUGGCGCGGGGGGAGUUUGGCGCGGUGCGCGUGUGUGUGGAGCGGGAGAGUGGUGCGAGGCUGGCGUGCAAGACCAUCGACAAGCAGAGCAUUCAGUCAGCGGACGAGGCGCGCAAUCUGAGGCGGGAGGUGGCGGCAAUGGAGGUGGUAUCGGGGCAUCCCAAUGUCGUUCAGCUGCAUGCUGCGUGUGAGGAUGAUAAGAGCAUCUUUCUGGUGAUGGAGUUGUGUCGCGGCGGCGAUCUCUUCGACUUCAUGCGCCAGUAUGGCCGUCUGCCCGAGUCCAUGGCAGCACCCGUGUGCCGCCAGCUGCUGGCCGCGCUGCACCACUGCCACACGUGCGGGGUGCUGCACCGCGAUGUGAAGCCGGAGAACGUGCUGCUGCUGCAGCCGGGCAGUGUGAAGCAGAUCAAGCUCGUGGACUUUGGCAUCUCCACUGACGUCGAACCUGAUGCUGCCUCGUGCAAGCUAUACGGCACACCCCUCUAUCUCGCCCCAGAGACUCUAGACGGCAUUUGGGGCCCUCCAGCAGACGUGUGGAGCACAGGAGUUCUAGUCUACGCAUUGCUCUCCGGGCUGCCUCCCUUUUGGGCCGCUUCAAAUGAGGCCAUUUACAACGCCAUUCGAACUAAAGCCCCUCGCUUCUCAUCUGCGCGCUGGAAGCAUGUUUCUGAGGAAGCCAAGGAGCUGCUUCAAGCCAUGCUGGUCAAAGACCCCACCAGACGAAUCACUACAAGCCAAGCAUUAGGGGAUGCAAGUUUCCCCAUUCGUGACGCCCUCUACUACCCCUUCUCCCCCUCAUUCCCACCUUUCAGCACAUGA